AUGGGAGACGCACCUUUGCCAUCUGAGCAUGUGCUCAUUGUUUUCUAUCAGCAUAUGCCGGAACCGCUGCAGGAGGAAUUCCGCCGCAAGUUCGCCGGUGCCGAGGUCACCAUUUACCAGUCACAGCCAGGUGUUCCGGUACCGCCAGAGUUGUUCCACAGCGCCACCAUCCUGGUCACUUUCACGGAUCUGCCAGACCUCAAGGAUGCGACAAACCUGAAACUGAUCCACACAUUCUCUGCUGGCCUGGACCAUCUCAUGCAGCACCCCAUUCUACGGGAGAGUAACAUCCCCAUUACCACCAGCUCUGGUAUCCACGGGCCUCCUAUCGCGGAAUGGACCGUGAUGAACUGGCUGGUGUCUUCCCGAAAGUAUGUCCAGACAUAUGAGGCGCAGAAAGGGCAUCGAUGGGACAGUAAAACCCAGUAUAUGCGCGGCAUGCACGACCAGGUCGGUAAGAAGGUUGGUAUUCUUGGAUAUGGCUCGAUCGGCAGACAGAUCGCCCGUGUCUCUACCGCUCUGGGUAUGACUGUGCACGCGCACACUGCCUCCCCGAGACCAACAGAGGAAUCCCGUCGCGACACUCACUACAUCGUCCCUGGAACAGGCGACCCAGCUGGCUCAAUUCCGGUCUCAUGGCACCACGGCACAGACCGAGAAUCUAUCCGGUCUUUCUUAGCCCUCGGACUGGACCAUCUAGUCGUUUCGCUCCCGCUGACUCCGGAAACGACUCAUCUCCUUGGAACUGAAGAGUUUGCUAUUCUUUCUGAUAACUCCCACCACCAUUCUGCCAAGCCAUAUGUGACCAACAUCUCGCGUGGUAAGGUCAUUGAUCAGAAGGCGCUGAUCGAUGCCUUGAAGUCUGGUGUGCUUAGCGGUGCAGCUCUCGAUGUUACUGAUCCUGAACCCCUUCCUGAGGAUGAUCCCCUCUGGGAUGCACCAAAUGUGCAGAUCAGUCCUCAUAUCAGCAGUCUGGGAAGCGAAUACUUACCCCGUUCUCUUGAUAUUGUGGUGUUGAACCUGGGACGGUUGAAGAGGGGUGAGGCCUUGGUCAAUGCAUACAACCGGCGCAGGGGAUAUUAG